AUGGCAUCCCCCGCACCCAAUGCUCAGGCAAAAUCGACUGUCGUGCCCUCAGAAGUCGGCUGGCAGUUCGUCUCCCAGUAUUAUACAUACGUGAACAAAGAGCCUUCCAAGCUGCACUGCUUCUACACCAAACAUAGCACAUAUACUCACGGGGUUGAGGGCGAGGAUUCUCCCCCGUGCCACGGUCAGCAGGAAAUCCACAACAAAAUUAUUUCCAUUGGGUUCCAGGACUGCAAGGUCUUUAUCCACAGUGUCGAUGCCCAGUCGUCUGCCUCUUCGGGUAUUCUCAUCCAGGUCAUCGGCGAGAUAUCCAACGCUGGAGAGGCCUGGCGUAAAUUUUCCCAAUCGUUCUUCCUCGCUGAGCAACCCAACGGAUACUUUGUCUUGAACGAUAUCUUCCGCUACCUUAAGGAAGAGACUAAUGCUGACGAUGAGGUAAGCAGUGAUAAGGAAGAGGCAGAAACUGGCGAGGAGGCCGCUGUUGAACCUACUGCUGCUACCCAACUUCACGAUGUUCCCGAGCACCCGGUCGCUCAGCCUGAGCCCGAGCCUGUUGUUUCGCUCCCACCUGCAGCACCACAAGAAACCGCCGCUCCAGAGCCAGCUCCCGAUGCUCCGGCAGUCAAUGGGACACAUGUUGAGGAAAAGACACCCGAACCGGCAAAGGAGACCACUCAGCUGCCUUCUCCUUCUCCUGAACCGGAGCCUCAGCCGGCAGAAGAGCCCGCGCCAGCCGAGCCCGCGCCCACUCCCACCCCUGCUCCAGCUCCCGCGCCAGCUCCAGCUCCUACAAACUCCGCGCCCGCAGCCUCUCCCGCACCUCCUGCUGCCGAGAAACCCCAAGUCUCUGCUGCUCCUCCAUCUGCUCCUCCCGCCCCUACCCAACCGGCUCAGCCUCCUGCUCCUCCUGCUCCCAAGACCUGGGCGAACCUCGCUGCCACCAACGUGUCGGGGUGGGGCCAGGUCUCUUCGGGGGCUCGCGGUGUGAGCGCUCCUGCGAAGCCGGCUACACCGACACCCAAGCCAGCUGCGCCUGCACCGGCCCCCGUUGCCCGGAAGGAAGAGCCUCCGAUCGACACGUCUAACUUGUCGCCUCAGGCACAAGCCGCUCUUUCCGUAAACACCCCGCAAUGCUUCGUCAAGCUCAACGACUGGGUGCGCGAUAACGCCGCCGGCAAUCAGACCCAGAGCAACGCCGAAUCCGUUUCUCCUGCAGCGCUCAAAGAGGUUCUCACCGCUCGUUUCGGAGCAAUCAAGGAGCUCGAGGUCGUGCGCACCAAAGCGUGUGCGUUCCUGGAAUUCGUUCAAGUUGAUUCGGCACGUCGCGCCAUCUUGGCGUCGUUACCUACCAAUCAAGGUGGUGAGGGAGGCAUUCGUAUUGGGGAGGAUACUCCAAAUGAACGUGCUCCCCGCAUUACCGUUGAAAUGCGCAAGGAACGUGGCGACCGUCCCAUGUCGGGUGGUCGUCCGCGUACCGGCGGUCCAGAGCAGCGUGGUUCGUUCCGCGGCCGGGGUGGACGUGGCCGGGGUGAUGGGACCCGCGGUGGAGCCCCGCAAGCUGCCAAGUAA